AUUUAUCUAAAAAGUAGGUAAUGGUAAUGAACUAUGGGUGACAAUACGAUUAAAAGAUGCGAAUGGCUCAGUGACGACCCCCUUUAUAUAAAGUAUCAUGAUGAAGAAUGGGGUGUACCACAAUAUGAUAGUUUACGUUUGUUUGAAAUGCUAUGCUUAGAAGGACAACAAGCAGGAUUGUCUUGGUUGACGGUACUUAAAAAAAGAGAAAAUUACAGACAAGUUUUCCAUGGUUUCGACCCGUAUAAAAUAUCUAAUUUUACAAAAACUGAAUUACUUGAACUUAAAAAAAAUUCUAGCAUUAUUCGACAUGAAGGAAAAAUUCAAGCAAUUUUUGAAAACUCUUUAUGUUAUUUACAACUUGUUAGAGAAGGCACUGAUUUUUCAGAUUUUAUUUGGAGUUUUGUUGGAAAAAAACCCAUCGUAAACUACUGGGUUCAAAACAAAGAUAUCCCUAAAGAAACCUCAACAUCAAAGGCUCUUGCAAAAGCUUUGAAAAAAAAAGGAUUCAAGUUUUUGGAAUCCAAAACAUGUUAUGCAUUCAUGCAAGCUUGUGGUUUAGUUAAUGAUCAUAUUGUUAGUUGCAUAUGUCGUCAAACUCUGCAGGAAUCUACUAUUGAUUAAAGCAAAGCCCAAUCUCAUUCAUUACCUACUAAAUAAAGUGUAAUAUUAAAUUCGGUUUUUUCUAAAUAUUUUAUGGCCUGGUAAUAAAUAGCAAUAUGGGCUAUGGUAUGGGACGCAAGAUAAAAUAGUUACUUAAUAAAAUGUUAUAAAAUUAAGACUUAAUUACACAUUUCAAACUAUUGAUAAGAAUUAAAGACUGUUCGAUUAGAAAAUAUUUCCAUUUAUUCACCCUAUUAAUACAUUUUGUAGCUUUGACAAUAUGUUUUUGAGAUCAUAUAUUGCACUUUCAUGUAAUAAUCACCUUUACUACCAAGAGUGUAGAUUAUAUUACAUUUUAUUUUCAUUUAUUGACAUUGAUAAAAUUAUAAUAGGGUGUAGUA